AAUCCUAGCGGACUGGUGACCAUCUCUCCGCUGAUACGUGCACACAACCGCCAGUAUGUCGCUCCAGCCUCCCCUGCCGCUCCUUGCCUUGCCCUGCCUGACUUGUGCUGUGUUGGUUGGUGCUGUGUUGUGAAGGAAGGGAACAUUGUAAUCAGCAAGAGGAUUCGUUAGUUCUCAUUCACCUGGUUGUAUAAUUGGAAUUUCUCGUCGUGUUAGUGUAGCAUUCCAUCGUUCAGUGUUCAUUUGUCCGGUAUUGCGAAUGGAUUCUCUCAUCGAAACAGCUGCGUCGUCGUAUUGAUCCAGAAACUGUGUGCGGAUGUGUAUUAGCGUGCGAUUAAGUGGACAACAGUGGACAAAAGGAGAAAAAAAAAAUGUCUACUCAAAAGUGCAGUGAAUGUAAUGAAUAUUGAGUGUACACCUAUGCGUGAAAAUAAAUAAAUAAAUAAAAAGAAAAAGAUCAUUUAUUUCUUCUCCGUCUUAGUGUUGUUGGUUCAGUAAAGGCAGUAAUGAGCCCUCUUCCCAAACCACUCGCUCACAACACGGGAUAAGACGCUUCACUCAGGCCAGGAAUGUCGCAGGCAGUCACCCUUCGCCACAGAUGAGAUAGCGUUCCAAGAAGGCAGGUGCGGUAGUACAAGUGCCGCGCGUCAGACUGCCAAUCAUUGUCAAAAGCUUUCUGGAGGAUGUGAAUGAAAGGGGUUCGAACUGGUGCACCGCUUCUCUCUCGGCGCAGUGGGAAUACCAGACCAACGUGACUGAGGAGACGAGGAAGGCACAGAAUGAGGCGCUACUGGACUUCGCGGUUUGGCGGCAGGAGACAGGGAAUGCAUCGAGAACCUUUGCCUCUCUCGCCCCUCUGCUGCCGGAUGACCAGAGGCGACAGCUCCGUUUUCUGUUCUCUCUUGGCAUGGCUGCGCUACCCGGGGCUGAACUGGAGGAGUAUACGCGUCUUAAGUCCGAGAUGCUUCAAGUGUACACCAGUGCCAGGGUGUGUGACUUUAACCAGCCCGCCAGGUGUGACCAAACCCUCAGCACAGACCUGAGCAAAAUGAUGAAGUCAAGCCGGGACUACCAGGAGCUGGCCCACGUGUGGCGUGCGUGGCGGGACAACACAGGCAGGAAGAUGCGGCCGUAUUUCAGCCAGCUGGUGACCCUCGCUAACAAGGCGGCAGAACUGAAUGGUUUUGGCAGUCGGGCUGAACAGUGGCAGGCGAAGUAUAACAGCAACGGCAACUUUACAUCUGUCCUCAGUGAAAUCUUCCAGCAGCUAGCGCCCCUGUACCAGCAGCUGCACGCCUACGUCAGGAGGAAGCUGCGGGAGCAAUAUGGGGAGACACACAUCAGCAGGAAGGGGCCCAUACCUGCCCACCUGCUGGGGUCCAUGUGGGGGCAGCGGUGGGAGGACAUCUACCCCUUGGUGAAGCCCUAUCCACUCAAGGCUUCACUGGAUGUCACGCAGGAGAUGAAGGCACAGGGAUACACGGUGAGGAAAAUGUUUGAGUUGGCGGAUGAUUUCUUCGUCUCACUGAACAUGACUCGCCUUCCUGCCUCCUUCUGGCGAAACUCCCUCUUCGUCCGCCCCUCAGACAGGAAGGUGCUGUGCCAAGCCUCCGCCUGGGACUUCUGCAACGGCAAAGACUACAGAGUGAAGAUGUGCGCUAAGGUUGACAUGAAGGACCUCCUCUUCAUCCACCACGAGCUGGGCCACAUCCACUACUACCUGCAGUAUCGACACCUGCCCCUCGUGUUUCGCAAGGGCGCCAACCAGGGUUUCCACGAGGCACUGGGAGACACAAUAAUCAUGAGCGUGGGCACUCCGCGGCACUUACAGAAGGUGGGUCUUUUGAAGGAGGUAGAUGAUGACCCUGAGGUGGAGAUGAACUACCUCCUAAGAGUGGCGCUGCGCUGGGUUCCUCUCCUGCACUUCGCCUACGUGUUGGAUCUGUGGCGCUGGGAGGUGUUCAGUGGCCAGGUCCCGGAGUAUGCGUGGAACUGUGCCUGGUGGGAAUUGAGGUUCCAGCUCCAGGGCCUCAAGCCGCCAGUGGUCAGGACGGAGAAGGACUUUGAUCCCGCCGCCAAGUACCACGUGGUCGCUGACGUGGAGUACAUAAGGUACUACGUGUCAACAGUGCUGCAGUUUCAGUUCUACAAGGCUCUGUGCAUGAAGGCAGGACAGUACGACCCUCUCGACCCUAGCCAGCCCCUUCAUAAGUGUGACUUCUAUCAGUCCUACGAGGCGGGAAACACUCUUAAGAAUAUGUUGAAACUUGGGCGUUCGAGACCCUGGGAGGAAGCACUGGGAGUCCUGACGGGGGAGACUGAAGGAAGGCUGGAUGCUUCUGCUAUGAGGGAAUACUUCAAGCCUUUGGAGGAGUGGCUGGCCGCAGACAACAAGAUGCAUGACGAACACAUUGGUUGGCAGUCUGAUGGAGAAUACUGCAGGCAAGACUCACUGGGGGCUCUUCACUGACCUCCAACCUUCAGGCAAACUUUCCCUUCCCUUGCUCGGUGGUGUUCAUCUUGCCACAGCCCUUCACCUACCCCACUUGACCCUCCCUGGCCCUCCCUGACCGUCCCCUGCCCUGCCUUGCCUCCUGGUGUGGUGCUGGAGUCUCCCCCUGCCCCAUCCCUACCCCACCACUGCCCCACAGCUGACCCAGUCCCUGCCCCAAAUGCCUUUAGUGACCCGUGACUCUACCAGGUGUGUGUAGGAGUGUAAAGUCAUUGGUGGUCUUGCAUUACGCUAUGAAGGUAGGUCUCUCUCUCUCUCUCUCUCUCUCUCUCUCUCUCUCUCUCAAGUACUGGUGAAGUAAGUAGACUUAUAUCUAUCAAUGCAUUUGUGUAUCUGUUAAUGUUUACAGGAUUAAGUCAAGCUCGUAAAGUACCGUUUUUUAAAGUUAAUUUGUCAUAGUUAUCUUUAAAACUAUGAAUGCUCCUUUCACACACAGCUCCGUCAGUCAGUCUGUGUGUGUGUAAUAAUAAUAAUUAAUAAUAAUAAACGGUUUAUUCUUUAGGCAGUCAACAAACUGAAAAUGUACAUUGGGGGUGGGGAAAUACUUGACAUUAAUCCUAAAGGUGUGUGUGUGUGUGUGUGUGUGUGUGUGUGUGUGUGUGUGUGUGUGUGUGUGUGUGUGUGUGUGUGUGUGUCCUUUCAUCCAUAGGUCAUCUCAGCACUGUUACCUGUUUAUUUUCUCAAGUUAAGCGUCAUGUAUUGAACACUUCACAUUUCUGUAGAGAGAUGAUAUAAUACAUUAGUAAAAUACACUAUUUGUAAUGUUUCGGGUCCUGAGAGCAGUACAGUAGGUAAUACCCUCCAGAAAUAGCCUUUAUAUGAAUCACUUAAGGUGUUAAAAUGUGUACAAUUCCUGGCCACUCUCUCAGAAAAGGAAGUUUGUCUAAUGUCGUGUAUUUACACAUUUAGCCGAAACAAGAAAUAAAUGUUUUUCUUUUAUACUCUUUAUGUUGUAUGUGAGAGGAACACUGGCAUAGGACAGUAAAAAGCAAUGAAAAAAAGACCCGCUGAGAUGCCUGUCUUUAUAAAGAAUGGUAUAAUUGUCUUGAAACUUACCAGUUAUUAAUAUUUUGUGUAAGCAGCAGUUGAUAAUUAAUUAUAUGGAUGGUGUUCACUUCAGGUUUACACACUGAAUAAAUAAAUAAAUAAAUAAAUAAAUAAAA